AUGAGGAGGGAUGUAAAUGAUUUCAAGGAACCAAAGGGCGCCAUGCUAGCGGAGAUUGAAAUACUCCACUCCAAUAAGUGUGAAGGGAAGGGUGCUUAUGAGGAUCUUUUGCCCCCAUUUGAACAAAUUGUCGAAAUUAUGCAAGAACUGCAACCCACGAAGCUUCUAUGUGUUGACUCAACGCAAACCAACGAACACGGCACACCGUUUACCCAAUUGAACUAUACCAUCCGAUCGAGUCAUUGCUGGCGCUACUCUUCCCCCUCUGGAGCUUCAUCUUCCGCAACUUUAUCUUUCUCCGCUGGUGAUCUUCUAUUUAAUCUUAUCAUGCCUUACCAGUUAGUUGUCUGUCCCAAUGUACAUACCCAAAAGACAAGGGUAAAUAGUAUCCCAUCAUUUUUCUCAACUUUUAUGGGCAAGACUGAAUGGCUAUACGAUGAGACAGCUGCAAAAACUGCAACUACGAUCAAGGCGACGGAAUGA